AUGACAACACCGAGCAGAAAAUAUAGUAAUGUUCAACCACGUAUAAACACAAAUUUAUCAAUUAGUUUUGAUAAUCUUGAUACGAGUAUGAAACGAGCCGAUUCGAGUCAAAGCAUUGUUGAGAGCGUUUACUUGGAAUGGUUAAAAGAAAAAACGGAAACAAAACGACGCGAAAAACAAGAACGCGCUGAAUGGGAAAGAGAAAACUUAAAAAAAAUAGAUAAAGAUCUGAUAGAAAAAAAGAUACUACAAGAUGCACAAAAUCUUGAACAAUGGCGACGAAAAAAAACAGAGGAAGAUUAUCAAAACCGUUUGAAGCAACUUCGACUGCAACGAGAAGAAGCUGAAAAACGUAAAAAUGAACGAGAUGACAAAAUAAAAGAAGCAAAGAUAAAUUUUGAUGCAUGGGAAAAAAAGAAAAAUGAAACAUGGUCGCAAACAAUUAUAGAAAAUAAACAACAAAAAACUGAUCUGGAAAAUAGACAAGAAGAAAAACAAAAGAAGAUCUUAGUUGCGGAAAGAGCGUACAUUAUGUGGAAAAAGAAAAAGGAUAAACACCUAACGCAGAAAACUAAAACACAAAACGAAUUAAAAGAAGAGGAAUUAAAAAGGUUACGUGAAAAUGAAGAAAAAAAAUUUGUGAAUGCACAAGAAGAAUAUGAAAAAUGGAUUCGUAAAAAAGAACAAUAUGAUUCAAUCAAAGAUAAACAACAAACACCAGUUAUUACUACGCCGUUCUUACCAGGAGGUACGCCAAACAAUACGGGACGAAUAAGGCAUAAUUUUUGGUUGAUCAAGACUAAUCAAAGUUGGAUGAAGUGA